GAUCGGUGUUACUGCGCAGCAGUAUUGCUUGACGAGUAGCUUGCAUGGACUAAGAUAUGUCGGAGAUGCCACUUUGUCGAUGCUCGAGAGGUUUUUCUGGAUUUUUUCAUUCAUCGUAGCCGUUUUGACAGCAGCAUAUUACAUCUGGAAUCUUUAUCAAAAGUGGACGGACUCUCCCUUAAUAAUUUCUCUCAGCCCAGACCCCGUAUCGUUGGUCGAGAUACCGUUUCCAUCUAUAACUGUGUGUAAUAUGAACAAUGCGAAGAAAUCCGAAGCUGAUCGUAUAAAUCAAGGAACAGAUAAUUUACAAAAAGUUCUACUUAACGAUAUUUGUAAACUUGAGAAUGGAACAUCCACUAACGAUCUCGAUUCGGAAUCAGGCAAGUGGAGCAACGUACAACGUUUCAUGAUAAACGUCAGCCAACCAUGCACAGAUAUGCUAUUCUUAUGUCGAUGGCAUCAAAAUACUACAGAAUGUGAAAAAAUCUUCAAUCCGACAUUGACUGAUGAAGGGAUUUGCUGUAACUUCAAUGCCGUGCAUCGAAAAUACUUAUUUUAUAAUCCACGUGACAUGUCUGAUUUGAACGUGACAUUCCCAUUCACGAGUGUCGACUGGACUCCGGAGCAAGGGUACGCGUCAAAAACGCCUGCCGAUUCCAUACCUUGGAGACCGUAUGGUGCAGGGAGACAUCUCGGACUUACCUUGGUUCUCGAUGCUGAAAUCUCGGAGUACUACUGUUCAUCCACUGCCAGUAUUGGUUUUAAGAUGCUCCUGCAUAAUCCAGUGGAAACCCCGAAAAUAGCGGAUUUUGCGUUCACCGUAGAACCUGGUAAAGAAACAAGAAUCGUGAUUCGACCCACCGUCACAUCUGCAAGCAGAUCGAUAAUUAGGGUGCCACGAAAAAAACGGAGGUGUUUUUUUACCUCUGAAAGAUCUUUGAAGUACUACAGGACUUACACGCAAAGGAAUUGCAUCUUGGAGUGCGAGGCUAACUUCACCCAACAAAUUUGUAGCUGUGUCCAACAUUACAUGCCAAAAUCAGCAAAUACCACGAUAUGUGGAAAAAAGGAUGAGAAAUGUGCGGAUCAGGCUCGACUCAUAAUGGAAUUGAAACUAUACGACGACGAAAAUACUACAAGUUUGUUCAACGCAAGCCAAACAGAAAACAUUGCUGUAGUUCAUCUAUAUUUUGUGGAUUCGCAAUUUACGGCACAUGUCAAAAAUGAAUUAUUCGGAUUCACUGAACUAUUGUCAAACACUGGAGGCCUACUUGGACUAUUUAUGGGUUUCAGUUUCUUGUCACUAGUGGAGAUAAUAUACUUCAUCACUUUGCGACUCUGGUGUCGAAUUUAUAGACGAAAGUCACUGUCUCUGCAAACUCCUCUUCAAGUAAUGCCGCAGCCUCAUCAAUAUGCCACCGUUUAUCCGUUUGCUCAAUAGGUAGAACACAGAUACACUGAAAACAAGACACGCAGCAAGGUGACGUUGUACCUGUGUAUUGUACGCUACUGAAUACAUCUUUGAUUACAAGUAACUACGGAGAGAGGGUGUCGAUAAUGUACAGUACAAACGGUUCACAGAGCUGCGGUACACAAUUCGUAAAUACGUAUUUUAAUAGCAGAAGUUAAUAAACGACCUGUAAACAGUACUGCAAGUAGCAUAUCCCUGUAAUAUAUAUCUGCCACAUAUACCGAAUAAUAUCCGCAAUAUUUCUAGAAACAAAAGUACGAGACGUUAAAAUUCGUUAAAUUCGAUGGUUAUCGUCUGAGCAGAUCGAAUAUGUAUUAUUAUAUUGUAUAUUCCAAGUUUUGCAUUGUCACACCUUGUGUCCAUUCAAUUCAAUCGAUGAGACUAUUUCUGAUAGAGUAUAAAACAGUAGAUGUCACCAACUGAUUAAGAUAAAUAUUAACUUGCAACAAAAAGAAUAAUUUUAUGCUCACGGCAAUGCUAAUAAAAGGAAGAAAAUAUUUAGUUUAGAUAAAAAAAGAAAGAUAUUUUUGUUGCUGUACCUAUAAAUAGAGAUUUGAGUUGAAUUACGUAGGAGGUAUGUAUGAGUAACGGAUCCCUUAUCGUUAGUCGAAAGCUUUCGAGAAUGGCCACUCGAGCCGGGCACUACAAUCGGUUAUAAAAGACGUGAGCGAGGGUAGCGUACCAGUUUUGAGGAUAGUCCGUCGUGGUCCAGACGUGGUAGAGACGAGAAGUGCUCGAGACAGUCAAGUUAAUGUCAGUUUCUGAGUUAAAAACGGUACGAGGGGAGAGUUCGUCAAUUUGAAUUUGAACACGAGUAGGCGCAGAUAAAUGUUAGACGCGCCUGGUUCUUUGCGGCGUGGACACCGAGGUGUUCAUGUCAGCUCGUGGAGAUCCCGGUGUCAAUUAUGAGCAUUUCCAUGUAUCGAAUGGAUUCUUUUUUUCGGGUUAUUGGCAUCGUUGGAAGAAAAAAUUGACGGCUCCUGUGGCUUAAACUUGGGGUGUUUUUGGAUCGAGGUGGGUUUAAAAUGUGUGCUGGAGCCCCUGACGUCACGAUUGAUAAGUUAGUGGCGGUGGCGUGGACUUAAAAAUGUCCAUGUGACCGUGUUGGGACUCUGGCGUGUGUUGCACUAUUUGCAUGCGCUAAAUUUCGAUUUUCAUUUGUGACUACUUGAUCAAGAAUCAAGACAUUUUGAUACAUUGUGGUGUAUUAUAAUGAUUGUAUCUGACAUGGGUGUACGCCAGGCUGUGAUGAAUUAUGAAUUAUAGAAUAGGAGAGGAUAUGAACAAGAAUGAAAAUGAUCUGUGAUUGUGACCACGAAUUUGUAAACUGUAAACUCGUUGAGUCGGUGACCGGUAGUGUCAGGGACGGUAGAAAUAUGAGAACGUAAAUAUACGAAAACAGAAAUGAGCAUAAUUAAGCUUCAGUUCUUUUUUUGCUUAUGCCGUAGAAGGUAUAAAAAUCACAGGUUAUACUUUAUUUAUUUCUUUAUUUCUAGUUUGGGAUAUGUGCAGCAAGAGCCAGAUGGUACCUACUCCACCAUGGUUCAUAAAUCUUAAAAAUAUUUAUUUAUGAGGUCGCAAGUCAGUCAUGUCGAUGAACGAUCGCAAAUUAAUAAAUUAAAAUACGAAAUCGAUAUAAGAAGAUGUAGAAGGUUCGUUGUUGAUCAGGAAAGGGGGUUAAUUCACCAUUGAAACGAGUAUGAAUUGUGGACACACCUGAUGCUGCUUUCCAUACGUAUAUCUAAUUGUUAGUUUUGUGUGAACGAUAAUUCUGAGAAAAUUGAAUCAAUAGUCGUGUCUAACAGUUAAAACUGCCGAGAAACAGGUGUGGUAAUAAUUUACAAGAACAAAAAUCAGCGCCCAAUAACUUUACUAACGCAGCAAGUCCGAUGGAGUUUGUGAAUUGAUUAGUGCCACUCUGGCACGUCUUGCAGCAAACCCUGCGCUGUUUCCGGACAAAUCAAUCGCCGGCAACGAAUCAUCCUACAAGGUAUUUUAAUGUGAAGAUGGAUUGGAAACGGGAGAUUUAAAUCAACAAUUAUUUUUAUUUGCUGUAUUUGUCGAAAUAUAUUUUCACUGUAUAAAUCAAGACGAUUUUUUCUUGGUACAUUAUGGAUAGAAUUUAUAUACCUUUCCAUUUGAUUUUUUUUUUUUUUUACAUCAGCCUUAAAAUGUUCAAUUUUUUCAAUGCAUUCGUACAGUUUGAACCAUGUAAUAACGUUGUAACUGCACAAAAAUGUGAAGUAAUAAAA